CCAUCCCUCUCAACCACCCCCAGAAAAUCAAACGAAAAACAAAGAGAAACAAAAUCAAAAUGUCCCGCGCCCUCGGGCCCCCGGUGGACUCCCCCACCGCUCAACCGCCCACCGCCAGCACCCUCACCGGCCGCACCGUGCGCCUAGAACGCCUAACCCCAGCACACGCAGCGCCUCUAUUCGCGCUCGUCGGCAACACCGCCGACCCCACGCAGGUCGCCGUGUGGGAUUACAUGCCGGAAGGGCCGUUCGCGAACUACGCGGCCUUUGAGCAAAUGAUUAUCUCGCAUGCGAAGUCGACGGAUCCGUAUUUUUUUGCGAUUAUAGGCCCUGGCUCUACUGGCCCAGAUGGCGACGAAGUCCUGGGCUAUAUAUCGUUGAUGUCGAUCGUUCCGGCGCAGUUGCGUCUUGAGAUCGGACAUGUGGUGUUCUCGCCGAGAUUGCAGCGGAGUACGGCGGCGACGGAGAUCGUGUUCUUACUGCUGAAGUAUUCGUUUGAGAGCGGGUAUCGCCGGGUGGAGUGGAAGUGUAACUCGUUGAAUGAGGGGAGUAAGCGGGCUGCGGGGCGGUUUGGGUUCGUGUAUGAAGGGACGUUUAGGCAGCAUAUGGUGGUUAAGGGGCGGAAUCGGGACACGGCGUGGUUUUCGAUGGUGAGGGAGGAGUGGGAGGGGGGUGUGAGGGCUGGGUUUGAGGGGUGGUUGGGGGAGGGGAAUUUUGAUGAACUUGGGAGGCAGAAGGGGAGGUUGGAGAGGUUUAUUAAGCGGGGAUAUAUUUAG